UGUUUUGUUUGGCACGCAAGGCAAUAUAAACAAGUAACCGAUACAAUUUCUUGUUUGUCCUAAACAAAAUUCUCUUAUUCUUCUUCUUCUUCCUCAACCACACUCAGGCAAUUUCCUCUUCAUCCAUCGACAUGGAUCCUAACAAGUUUAUUCCGUCCAGCUCCUACAACUCUCCAUUCUUCACCGCAAACUCUGGAGCUCCGGUCUGGAACAACAACAAUUCCUUAACUGUCGGUCCAAGAGGGCCAAUUCUGCUAGAGGAUUAUCAUUUGGUGGAGAAGCUCGCAAAUUUUGACAGGGAAAGAAUACCAGAGAGAGUGGUUCAUGCAAGAGGAGCAAGUGCUAAGGGGUUCUUCGAAGUGACUCAUGAUGUUUCUCAUCUCACUUGUGCUGAUUUUCUGAGAGCUCCCGGUGUUCAAACUCCGGUUAUUGUUCGAUUCUCUACUGUUAUUCAUGAGCGUGGCAGUCCCGAAACUAUCCGAGACCCUCGCGGUUUUGCUGUCAAGUUCUACACUCGAGAGGGCAAUUUUGAUUUGGUGGGCAACAAUUUCCCAGUGUUUUUCAUCCGAGAUGGGAUGAAAUUCCCUGACAUGGUUCAUGCUCUCAAACCCAAUCCCAAGUCCCACAUUCAAGAAAACUGGAGAAUCUUAGAUUUCUUCUCACACGUCCCUGAGAGCUUGCACAUGUUCACCUUUCUCUUCGACGACAUCGGUAUUCCUCAGGAUUACCGCCACAUGGACGGUUCUGGUGUUAACACCUACAUGUUCAUCAACAAAGCCGGAAAGCCACAUUAUGUGAAAUUCCACUGGAGACCAACUUGUGGAGUUAAGAGUUUAUUAGAAGAAGAUGCCAUCAAAAUUGGUGGAGCUAACCAUAGUCAUGCCACUCAGGAUCUUCACGAUUCAAUUGCAGCUGGAAAUUAUCCUGAGUGGAAACUUUUCGUUCAGACAAUCGAUCCUGAAGAUGAAGACAGGUUCGAUUUUGAUCCGCUUGAUGUGACCAAGACUUGGCCUGAAGAUAUUUUGCCGUUGCAGCCUGUCGGUCGGUUGGUUUUGAACAGAAAUAUUGAUAAUUUCUUUGCUGAGAAUGAGCAACUUGCGUUUUGUCCUUCUAUUGUGGUUCCGGGUAUUUAUUACUCUGACGAUAAGUUGCUGCAAACUAGAAUUUUCUCUUAUUCCGAUACUCAGAGGCACCGUCUUGGACCAAACUAUCUGCAGCUUCCCGCAAAUGCACCGAAAUGUACUCAUCACAACAAUCACCAUGAUGGUUUCAUGAACUUUAUGCAUAGAGAGGAAGAGGUGAAUUACUUCCCUUCAAGAUAUGAUUCAGUUCGUCACGCAGACAAAUACCCAAUUACUCCUCGUGUUUGCAGCGGGAAGCGUGAGAAGUGUGUCAUUCCAAAGGAGAAUAACUUCAAGCAGCCUGGGGAGAGAUACCGUUCCUUCACACCAGACAGGAAGGAGCGGUUCGUUCGCCGUUGGGUUGAGGCCCUGACCGACACAAGGGUAACCCACGAAAUCCGCAGCAUUUGGAUCUCAUACUGGUCUCAGGCUGACAAGUCUCUUGGUCAGAAGCUUGCUUCUCAUCUCAACAUGAGGCCAACCAUGUGAAGAUAAUCAAUGUCUCCAUACGGAUAUUCAGAACAAUGAGAGUAUUCUAUCUGAUUACUAUGCAUCUUAUGUUAUGUAAUCAAGUAUAAAAAAAACAUUGCAGUUUUGUGAACUGAUAAUUGUUUGAGAGCACUUUGUAAUAAUAAUAUGUUCUGAUGUGUUACCAAUAGCUACUUUUAUAUAAUACUGAUUUUUAAGUCGA